AUGCAAUAUAUUCGUCGAUUUUCAUUAAUUCGAACAUCAUUUCGUUUUCUAUCAUCAACAAUCGUUGAUGUAACACCAUCAACAAUUGAAAAAGAAUUAUAUGAAAUAAAUAAAUUAAUGAAAACUUAUAAUAAUACACAUAUACCUAUACGUACAGUAGCUUUAUUUGAAUGGAUGUUAAAUAUAAUAAAUAUAAAACCUGAUUUUAAUUGUUAUUUAAAUAUAAUUCGUGCAUGUGGAGAAUUAAAUAAUAUAAAUAUUUGUCAAAAAAUUCAUCAAUAUAUUGAAAAUGAUCGAACAUUAAAAAUAAAUGAAUAUCAUCAACUUCAAAUUAAACUUAUUUAUAUGUAUUCAAAAAUAAAAAAUAUUCAAUUAGCUGAACAAAUAUUUCAGAAAGUUAAAUCAACAAAAAAUUUACCAAUAGAUAUUAGUCUUUUUGGUACUAUGUUCAAAGGGUAUAAUAUAAAUGGACAACCAAGUAAAACAAUUGAAUUGUAUGAAAAUGAAUUAUUAAAUAAAAAAACAAUUGAACUUGAUGCUAUAGCAGCAACAUGUCUACUUAGUGCAUGUACUGAUUGUCAUCGAUUAGAUAUUGGAGAAUAUGUACAUGAUGAAAUUCUAAGACUUGGACUUCUUGAUCCACCAAAUAUUCGAUUAGCAACAGCGGUACGUUCUUAA